AUGAUAAAAUUAAGAAUAUUGACAUGUGACCACCCAGUUCCUCCGGAUCGGUACAACGAUAGGGUGGAGGAGCAUUUACAACUUACCGAUUUUUAUCAUGCAUCUCAGAUUAGGGUAGUCCAAUGUCAGAAAGCACUGGUGAAUGCUCUAAUCGAAUGUUGGUACCUAGACACACAUACGUUUCACUUUUCCAUUGGUGAAUGUGCCGUGACUCUUGAAGAUGUGGCUCUAAUUCUUGGUCUUCCGACGAACGAUCUUCCAGUAACAGGGACGACAAUGAGUAGUUUUGAAUCCUUGGAGGCAGAGUGUUUGCUUCAAUUUGGAGUUGCACCGCGUAAGUCGGACUGUAGAGGUAGCUGCGUAAAACUGACCUGGCUGCAGGAUCUAAAAGAAAAUUUAGAGUUGACUGAUGAAAUCAGUACACAAAGUAUUGGACAGUACAGUUGGGGAUCGGCAUGCCUAGCACACAUUUACAGGGCAUUAUGCAGUGCAUCUCGGUGGCGACUAGUAGACAACCCUUAUACUUUCCGUACAAGUGAGUCCCAUCCACCUGGAUAA